AAUAGAUCAGGAAGAGACUGCUGUGAACUGAGAGGGACUCAGGUGGGGAGCUGCUUUGAGAGAGACCCAGAGAAAGCCAUGGACAGGAGGCCGGACAUGUCAGGGGUGGCUGCCGCCCCGGUGGGCAAUGACCACGUGAGGGAUCUCCAGAGUGAGGUGGAAGGAGUAAAGAACAUCAUGUCUCAGAAUGUGGAGCGAAUCCUGGCUCGAGGAGAGAACUUGGACCAACUAAGGAAUAAGACGGAGGACCUGGAGGCCAGCUCUGAACACUUUAAGACCACAUCCCAGAAGGUUGCCCGGAAAUACUGGUGGAAGAAUGCAAAGAUGAUCGCCAUCAUCUGUGUGAUUGUGGGAAUCAUUGUCCUCCUCAUCAUCCUCCUCGCCACUGGAGUCAUCCCCACAUAGACUGGUUUUCUGUUUCCACCUUCUUCCUCUUCACUCCCCCACUGAAGACUCACACAGACCUCACAUGGAUGAAUCCCCAAAGACUGGCCAAGAGAAAUUCUAAAUAUCAAUGUAUAAAUGGAGCCUCAAGCUGUCC